AUGAUAAUUCGAAUCUAAGAUGUAAGGAACAAAACUCUUGUUGUCGAGCGAAUGUUGUUGUCGAGCGAGAAUAAAAAAAGUUUAUGUUGUUGCCAGAAAAAUUUGUAAUAAAGAAGAAAACGUACCAUGAUAUAACGUCAAAAGAGAACUGAUUGGAAAUGUGUCACACAAUUGCAGCUAGCUGUACAUUUUCAUUUUGUUUUCUUUGGGAUGAAGUGAAGUUUGGUAAUCGAAGUAAAAAACUGAUUGGACUUUUAUUCAUUUUGUUUUCUUUGGGAUGAAGUGAAGUUUGGUAAUCGAAGUAAAAAACUGAUUGGACUUUUAUUCAGAGACGCUAGCUAACUGAGAAAGCCAAAGAAAGGCAGUUGUGUUGUUUAGUUUAUCUGGUAAAGAGAUAAGUUAGAAAGGAUCUGGGCGCUAAUAUCAAUGAGAAAGUCAGACUACAUACAAUGCGAUUGAACAGUUUUCCUUUGACUCUUCUUUUGUUUGUGCAUCAAUGCAACAAACCACGAAUAACAACCAGGCUUUAUUAACCUUUUUCGACUUUUAUUUUUAAGUCCUAUGGAAAGCCACCUGCCGGAUUUAUAAGAAGAAGAAAUAAGAAAGAAAGAAAGAAUAUAUAUUUUCCCAAACGUGCAUUAAUUUAAAAUUCCUUUUUUAUAUUGAGCGAAGAAGAAAUUUUGAUUUGCUAUCCUAUAUGUCAGGUUGUAAUGAAGCUACGAAGGAAAACUGGUAGAAUAACACAUGAUACAAAUCUAAAAUGGUAGAUACAGUUAAAUAUGGGUUAAAAUGUUUACUGUUUUAUUUCUCGAUAGAAGUAUGUAUGGCGUAUAAUGUUACAAUUCUUUAUGAUAAAUGUUUCGAAAAAGACAUUAAAUAUUUGCGCUCUAGUUUAGCACUUAACAAUUUAACAUUGAGCAAUGUUAGAUACAGAGAGGUAUCAAAAAAUGAUACUUUACAGAACUUGACAAAGUUGAUGUUCAGUGAAAACGAUUUUAUUUUCUCAUUUUUUAAAAGACACGCACCGGCAGGUGAUUUACAAAGAAAUCAUGUGGCAUUUGGCACAUCUUUGUUUGAGCUAGGUGCAUGGGUCAAUAAUACGGAAUUCGCAUCGUGCAUUAAGUACACGCAGUCAUACAGAAGUAUUUUGAUUUCACUAGUUUACAGUGUCUUUUUAAAAGGUGUUGUAUUAAUAUCGGAUGAAAGUCAUUGCUCAAAACACUUCUCAGACAAUCUCAUGAAGGACCUUCGCAAGGCUGAAAGAAACAAUAAAGUCAAUCUAAAUUUACACCAUGUAAAGUUAACGUUGCAUCCAAGACACAGAGAGGAGUUAAAAGAACAGUUUUAUAUCUUGAAAACAUCUGAAGUAAGUUUAGUUAUACUGUUGAGUGCUCAUGAGAACAUGCAAGAUGUUUUUCGUCAUGCUAGCUAUUUUGAUUUAACUGGUCCCGCUCAAGUUUGGCUAAUACCAAACUACAAGGAUGGAGUGUCUUCAUCGUUUAUUCCUUUGAGAAUAAUCUCCUUCUCGGAGGAUGAAGAUGAUAUUAUAGUCCGCCCGUACAUGAAGUUAACGACCACUAUACCUCGGUUGCUGGCGAUGUACGAUGGAUACAUGAAUACAUGCAUAGCUUCUCACCCCUCGUGUAUACUUUCGAAGUUAUAUGAAACAAUUCAACUGAACGAGCAUUACGUGGAAGAAGAGCUGCACAUGACAGUACGCUAUCGCAAUCUUGCCGAAGGAGACUAUUGGACGUCGGUUCAUGCUGAGCUCAAAAAGAAUCAAUUUAUUAUUCAACACAACACUAUCCCAAUAUUGAGGUCUGUUUCUGGUGACAAAGUUCGAAGGUUUUUGCGUGCUGUUACGAUACUUGAUAGCCCAUACACGAUCGAAGAAACUCAUAUGCUCGAUCCAGUCCAGCAGUCAUGUAAAGUUGGAAUCAUAUGUCGGAAACCAGUUUCUGUUGCUGGCAAUAAAAGUGUACAUUACGAAGUGACGUGUUGCGUUGGUUUUGUUAUUGAGUUUUUCCAAAUACUAAUCGAAGAACUCAAUCUUGACAUCGACAUGUAUAUCGUAGAGGAUGGCAAAUAUGGUAUAUAUCAAGACGGAGAAUGGAAUGGUUUGAUCCGCGACGUUGAAAGCGGGAAAGCAGAUAUUGCCGUGGCUGGUUUGACAAUAACUGGUGAACGAUCAAGAUUUAUUGAUUAUACAGUCCCGUACAUGGAGGCUCAAAUGGGUAUUCUUGUAAAACCACAAAUUGUUAGACUGGAAUUCUUAAAUUGGGAUUUUAUAGCCCCUCUGUCGGGAGAACUGCAGCUAACCCUAUGGGUGGUAGUUGUGGGUGCAAUGGUGUUAAAUUAUAUUUUUGAGAACAAUCUAUACGCGUUGAGCUUGACUGAUUGUAAGUUUAAAUUUCUCAAGUAUUACCCAACGUUUGAAAGUAUGACCUAUAUAAGCGGAGUGACGCUACAGAGAGAUCUUGGUGGUGUGAAUCCAGUUCGAGCCGGAGCAAGAGUGUCAGCCAUUGUGUUUGCAUUUGGUAUGGUAAUCGUAGUAACGACGUAUACAGCAGUUUUAGCUGCACAAAGCGUCCAAAACCAAGAGAAGAAUCCUUUCCUAGGAUCAAAAGACCCAAGGAUGAGAAAUCCAACUAGCGAAUUUACCUUCGGGACUAUAAAAAGUAGCAGUUAUGAAAGUUUCUUUCAAAAUGGCGAAACAGAGAUAUUGAAACGCAUGGGUAACUUCAUGAAACCUUACAAUGUGAAGAAUACUGAAGAAGGAUUUCAAAGAGUUAGUAAUGGGUCAUUAGAUGCCAUGAUUAAUGACUACCAAUUCUUAUAUUAUUACUUGUCACGUGAUCGCACUUGUCAACUCCGUUUGGUUCGAGAUUCUCUAUUGGAAACAGGUUUCGCGUUUGGAAUUAGAAGAGGACAAAGUGUGAAGUUGCUGUUGGAUGCAAUUGUACUAAAACACGUCGAACAAGAAACGUUAGUCCAAUUGCAAAAGAAAUGGUUUCCAAGUAUAUGCCAGCCUUCAUUAGCGAUGGAGAACCACAAGCUGUCAAUUAACCAUUUUGGAGGGCUUAUUAUGCUACUCAUCUCAACAGCUUUUUCAGCAGUCUUGCUAUUAUAUCCUGAGCGCAUAUAUUACAAAUAUAUUGACAAAUAUAUAUCACGAAAACUUGAAAAUAUAUUGGGUGAACACUACAGAAAGACUAACCAAAGCCAUCCUGAAACGUUGACUUUAGACAGGUCACUUGUUCAGAAUGACGUCACUCCUGUUAUGUUUCGGUAUAAUCCGGAAUCAACAGGAGAUAUUAAGUCGACGAAAAAAACAAUUAAUAAUGGUUUAAUACAUUAGUACUCUUUAAGCAACAUCGUACACAUCUUUGCAAGUUUCAAGUUUCAAGUUUGUAACCACAAUCCAUAGUCAGUAUCAGGCGAAUAAAAAUUUUAGUCGACAAAUAA